ACCAGUCAGCAGAUAAAAUGAAAAUGUCAAUUUUAAGAAAUAUAAUUGGGGCUGAGUCUGCCAAAAUUAUGUCCACAUUCGAGAUCCCAGAAGCCGAAAAUAACAAGUAUGACUUGAUGAUAUCACUAAUCGAUAAGUAUGUUAAUCCAAGGAUGAAUGAAUCAUUUGAAAGAUACAAUUUUAUCAUGAGGGUCCAGAAAGAAGGAGAGUCGUUUGAGCAGUUUCUUACUAGUUGUAGACAUUUGAUUCGAACAUGUAAUUAUAAUGAAAUUGAUCCAGAACAAACAGCCGAAGAUAAAGCUCUGAGAGACAAAAUAUUAAUGGGCAUCAGAGAUCCAGUUACUAGAGAAGCUCUAUUGAGAGUGGACAAACUUACCCUACAAAAAGCCAUCGAAUUUUGUAGAACUAGUGAACAAAGUAAGAACCAAAAUUUGAAAUUUCAUACCGAAAGAAAAGAUGUAGACAUAGGAGAAGUUCGUAAAGAUAGGUACCAGGGCCAUAGAAAUUAUAAUAACUCUAGAAGUAAAGCGAAUACCAAUGAAAAAUUCAAGUGUAAAAGAUGUCAAUCAACUCAUGGGGCCAGAGAAUGUCCAGCGUAUGGAAAGAAAUGUAAGAAAUGUGGGCUUUUAAACCAUUUUGCAAAGUCGUGUAGAGUGAAGAAUAUUGAUGUCAUAGAUGAAGAUAGCAGUGAUGGAUCAGCUGAUAGUUUUGUAGGAAAUGUCAAUAAAGUAUACCAAAAUGAUUUCUCCGACACAGUUUCCAGUACAGAACUGCCACAGGAAUCUCCAGUGGAGUUGCAACCGCUCUCACGGACGUCCACAAAUCAAGUUACAAAACUAUUACAUGACUCUCUAUUGGAGUUGCAACCGCAAUUGGAUAAAAGUGAAAUUCGAAUAAUGCCAGAAAUACUAUAACCGUCCAAAGUGAUAGUGUGAAAUUAGAAUCAAAUGAUUAUGUAUAAAUCAUAUUGAUAAUAAUUAUAAAUAGUAGCUGUAUUUUUUAAAUUAACAGAU